AUGUCCCAGAAAGACAAAGGCAGGCAAUUCUUCCAGCAGAUGCAGCCGACCUUCUCAAUAGAGCUCCCAAAGAAUACCGUUACGAAGCUCGAAUUUCUGGAUCACUCUGACCCGGAUAAAGACACGGUUGUAAGGAAGAAAGCGAGAGAAUGGGUAAAUAAGAAUAAAGCCACCUCGAAGCACAACCGCCAUGUGCAAUGGUUAUCAAGAGCCAAGAUGAUCAAAGGGGUGGCUAAGGAAGCAGACGAGACACGGGCGCAGCUAGAAAUGAUAAAGAGAGAAGAGUUUGUGAUCGUACUUGACCCCCAUUCAGCAGUCAACACGAAGUGCUUGGACCCAUUUAAUUUGCUACCGGACAUCGGGCGGAAUUACGAUCAUAUCCUCCAUUUCUUUCUGGCUUUAUGCCCAGACGAGAUCCCCUGCUCAGACGAUAAAUACUCGGACUUAUCAAAGCACGCCUUAGUUCCCUUCUCAAGUGAUAACACCGUAUUGGGAAAUAUGGCAAAACACGAGGCUUCGUUCAUCUUGUGGCUUUAUGCGACUGCUCUAGUUCGUGCGGGAGUGUGGGGUCGCGCUAAUACUGAGGAACUCAGGUGGUUCUACGGUAAGACGCUCACUGCCUUACAAGACGUCUUGAAGAAAGAGACGGAAUCUGGGGAGUAUUCGGAUCAUCUUCUGAAUUGCCUGUCCUGUAUCACAGCUACAGCGUGCUGCUCCGGCAUGUUCCAGACUGCGGAAGUGCACCGCGAUGCGCUGAUUAGAGUGCUUACAUUACGCGGUGGGGGGGAUAUAGUAAAAGGGAUACAAUCAGCUACACCAUGGACUUUUAAAGCUGUGCAAUGGUGCGAAAUUGUAGUUGCAGCGCAACUCGUCCAGGUUCCAAAGAUCCCGUAUCUUCCGUAUGUGCCAUCUAGCCCGGCCCCGAAACAAGCGGCCCUUGAAGCUGCUCGCCUUACGAGCAUAACCCUCGCAAGCUUACCCCACCUCUCGGAACCACUUCACAAGAUUAUUCACUUAUUACAUCACCUUGGCAUCGCUCACGCACGACCACCUGUCGGCAAAAAGAUCGACACAUAUGUCAUACAACCGCUGUACGACGCGGAGUAUGCACUUUUACAAAUUUUGGCUGCGCAAAAAAUACCCGGACACGGUUUUUCAGUAACCGAGGUUCUGCUUGCGGAAGCCUUCCAGCUAUACUUCUGGACUGGUCCGAGAACACUUCCCCUACAGACGAGAGUAUGCGACCUCCUCUUAUUGCGUACUAGGAGAGCAUUGUUGCCACUUCUAUGUGAUUUUACACCAGAUAGUAAGCUCGAGAACAUGCCUACGACAACCUCAACGUUCGAUCAAGUAACCCAGUUGAUAUUAGAAAACACCGAGACCUUCACUCCCCGCCCCUCUUAUCAUUCACAAGAGACUCAAAACGCCAUUAUCUGGAGCCUAGCUCUGGGUAGCGUAGUCUCCAUAUCAUUCUACAAAUCUGAAUAUUCUUGGUUCAAAGCACAGCUUUCACUGGAACUCCAGGCUGUAGGGCUAGAUAAGAGCGAGCAAAGAUAUCAAGACUUUCUCAAUCUCUUCCCCGCAACGGACGGCUUCCCUUCCAUCGAUCUGCGUACGUUGUAUGCCGAAUUCGACACAAAAAGAUUGUGGGAAUUAGAGGACUAA